AUGCCCUCAGAAUGUCCUAUUUAUGAAAUUUCAGACGCAAGAGAAAGCACUGGUACCCUCCAUAUUAAGGACCAGCCCAGAGACGUCUACCCUGCAGAGUACAGCCCGAGCGAGAACACACAGCACCACAAGCGGACAGAUUCAUGCAAGAAGCCAUACAAGUGCGAUGUUUGCCCUGCGGAGUUUAGCCGAGGUGUGCUACUACAGCAGCACGAGCGAACACACACAAGUGGGAAGCCAUACAAGUGCGAUGGCUGCCGUGCAGAGUUCAGUCUGAGUGGGCACCUACAGCGUCACAGGCAGACACACACGGGUGAGAAGCCAUACAAGUGCGAUGUCUGCCAUGCAGAGUUCAGUCUGAGUGGGCACCUACAGCGUCACAAGCGGACACACAUGGGUAAGAAGCCAUACAAGUGCGAUGUUUGCCCUGCGAAGUUCAGUCAGAGCGGGCACCUAUGGCGUCACAGGCGGACACACACGGGUGAGAAGCCAUACAAGUGCAAUGUCUGCCCUGCUGAGUUCAGCGGGGGUUGGAUCCUGCAGGAGCACAUGCGGACACACACGGGCGAGAAGCCAUACAAGUGCGAUGUCUGCGACGCAGAGUUCUGCCAGAGCGGGACCCUGCAGCAGCACAAGCGAACACACACGGGUGAGAAGCCAUACAAGUGCGAUGUCUGCCAUGCAGAGUUCAGUCGGGGUGGGCACCUACAGCGUCACAAGAGGACACACACGGGUAAGAAGCCGUACAAGUGCGAUGUUUGCCCUGCGAAGUUCAGUCAGAGCGGGCACCUAUGGCGUCACAGGCGGAUACACACAGGUGAGAAGCCAUACAAGUGCGAUAUCUGCCCUGGGGAGUUCAGCAGGGGCGGGCACCUACAGCAGCACAUGUGGACACACACGGGCGAGAAGCCAUACAAGUGCGAUCUCUGUCCAGCAGUGUACAGACAGCGCGGAACCUUGUCACGUCACAAGCGGACACACACGGGUGAACCGCCGUAA